AUGUCCUCAGAAAUUGAUCCGAAAUUAGUGAAAACCAGUUUAGAAGUGUUGACCAAAAUUGUCAAAAAGCCGGUCAUCACAGACAAGCUGUUGAGGAGACCUCCCUUUAGAUUCCUUCACGACCUCAUCACUAGUAUUAUAAGAAGUCAUGGAUUUCUCAAAGAUCUCUAUAAAGACAAUGAAUUGAUCGCUGAGAAUGUGAAGGAAAAGGAGUCGAAAAUGGUAUUCCUUCAGAAAGCCAUCGACACAACCGGAUUCAUUGCGGGGGAUGUGUUGAGUGCAAAGCCGUCGAAAAUCGUUGCCGGACUAGAAGUGGACAAAACCCUGGAGUGGCUGCAAGUGAUGGCCAAAGCGGUGAUCGACAAGAAGGACUCGACGGACGCUGUGGUGCGGGUAUUGAAUGGCGAGAAGCCGACCAAACAGACUAAACCUAACAAUUCUAACAAUCCUAACAAUCCAGUCGUGAGUAAUAGUAAUAAUAAUAAUAAUAUCACUAAAAAGAAAGCAUUGAAUGCGAGCACAAAGACUCCGAACAAUGCAAACAAGAAAACAAAAAAAGAGAGCAAAGAAUCAAAAGAAACGAAAACUUCAGCAAAGAAUGCCAUAAAAGAGUCAAAUGAGGCGAAAGAGAAGACUUCGCCUCUGAUGUCGACUAACAAAGCGAAACACAAUUCGCCGAAACAAUCGACACCAGAGUUGGCUUCAAGUGUUGCGAACGGAAAUCCAGACAAACCUUCGCCAAUACCUGCCCCUGACUUCGCAAACGCUCCCAAAAGUGAUAAUAGAGAUAAUGACUCUAAUGAUGGAAAUGUGCACAAAGACAGGGAUGAGACCAGUAAUGACAACACAAACAAUGAGGGAAUCGGUGCACAAAACCUACCACUCGAUCGCAUCAACUCUUCUAAGCCUAUGACUGAAACUAAUCCUGUUUUGCCUUCAAAUUCUAAUCAGAGAUCAGAGAGAGAAAUGAGAAGAAGUGGAGUCCGGCCGCCAACGCGUCACGAGAGGAGCGCUCGUCCCAGUAGUUCACGUCCGGCCCCUCCCAGGGUUAUAGCGAAACCCAUUGAAGACAAUCAGAUCGUUGAGGCAGAACUCGAGGAGAAGUUGCGUUUACUGAACGCAAAACCAGUCGAGAACUUAAUCACUGAAAACUUGGCUAAUGAUGAGGACCAGGAGUUUAUUAAGUUGCGUUUACUGAACGCAAAACCAGUCGAGAACUUAAUCACUGAAAACUUGGCUAAUGAUGAGGACCAGGAGUUUAUUGUAUCGACUGUCAUAAGUGAUGAUCAAAUGCAAGCACCAAAUGGACAGUUAGGCUUUGAUGGCAGUAAUGACACACAAAAGGGUAGUUUAGUUAAGCAAUUAGUUGAGACCAAAAAAGAACUCGAAGGCAAUCAGUCGUCGGAAGUGCUAAAUAAUGACAAAAAGACACCAAAACAGACGAAUAGAGAUAUCGAGAAAUUGCGUCAAACUAUACAAGCGUUGAGCCAAACGGCCAGUCCUUUAGGUAAAGUAUUAGACUAUCUUCAGGAAGACAUCGAUUCAAUGCUUUCUGAGCUGAAGUUAUGGCAGGAAGAGUACAAAAGUAAUGUUCAAUCACUCCAUAAGUCACGAAACAGUACUUUAGAAGCACUCGAACCCUAUAAGACAGAUCUGUUAGUUAACCUGCGGCUAUAA